AUGUCCGCAUGCCCCAUUUGGGCGCCGGGUGCUCUCCACAGAGCAGAAACCCACCCACAUGCCAAGCCAGGAAAGGAAACCACGAUUAAUAUCCCCUGGGUCACCGCCCCCGCAGGAUUCGAACCUACCCUCGGAAAAUUUCCUCAUCGGGAGAACUGGUAA